CCAUCGCAUAGCUAUGUCUGAAUUACCCGACUUAACAUUUGUCACCGCAAUAAUUUCUUCCAUAAUUAAUUGUCCAGUAAAGACAUAUGAUGAAUGCAUAGCUGAAGGACGUUCCAGUAAAAAUGAUCCAGCCCUCACAUAUUCUGGUAAAAUUGAGAUUGAUGAAGACAAUAGCAAAAUUGACGAAGAUAAUGAAAUUGAUGAACGAUCACGUACUUACCAUCAUCAUCAAACAUCUCAGUUUUUAAGUAAACCACUAGAAGAUCAUAGAACUCUGAAAUCUUACAAUAUAAACCAAAAUGAUAGAGGCGUUAUCAAUUAUUUUGUUCUAAAUAAUCAAUUUUUUGACCCUUAUAAUAAUUGGAACUUAACAGAUAUAAAAAUGGGGAAAAAUUAUAUACAUGGGGGAAGAGUAUAUGCACCACCUUAUGGAUGGAAUAGAAUCAGACUUAAUACUAGGAGGGUUAGGGCUGAGAUUACUGUUAUUAGAGGUCAGGAACAGACUAAGCAACAGUUUACAAAAUAUGGAAAAGGAAUAUAUUCAACUACCGAUAUUAAAUACGCUGAACAAUAUGCUAUAAAAAGAAGAAAUCAAAUCUUGCAUAAUAAUGAUAGGUAUUUGUACGUUUUUCAAAAUAGAGUUAACCCCAGAGAUUUGGAGGAUAGAGGUAUAGAAUGGAUUACGAAAAAAAGUAACAAUAUUAGGCCUUAUGGGCUGUGCAUUAAAAGAUAUUAUUAG